AUGGCAACCGCGUUGAACGCGCGACUUAUUACCACACGAGGACACGGGAACAACACCAACACGAACAACAGGACGACGAGACGAUUUUUGCGCGCUUCUUCUUCGAAAGGAGGAGGAGUUUUAGCGAAAGAUGAUGAUGCUUCUUUGGUGGUGGUUAACGGGUUUUGGGGAAAACCAACGAAAGGAAUAGUAUCAUCAGGAGGGAUGUUGAUGUCCAGAAGUACGCAGUAUUAUCAGAAAAAGAAAUCUCGAGGAAUGGUUUCUCUGAAGACGAACGCGUCGUCCACGUCGUCGUCGUCUUCCGCAAAAGCAGCGGCAGCAUCCACGGGUGAUGGAAAUGGUUUCAGCUUAAAAACUGGGUUUUCCACCUUAGCUGCUGGGCCGAGAACCGCGGUGCUCUUCUCCCUGUGGUACUUUUUCAACAUCGUGUUCAACGUGUACAACAAGAGCACGCUGAACGUGUUCCCGUACCCGUGGUUGAUUUCCACCUUGCAGUUAGCCGCGACGUCGAUAUGGAUGCUCGUCGUUUGGGCGACUGGGAUUCAAGAGAAGCCGAAAGUGUCCAAGGCGUUUCUGGUCGCGGUGUUACCGGUGGCAUUUUUUCACAUGGUUGGCCACGUCUCGGCGUGCGUGUCGUUCUCUAAAAUGGCGGUGUCGUUUACGCACGUGAUUAAAGCGGCGGAGCCGGUGUUUUCGGUAAUUUUGAGUGGACCGUUGUUGGGCGCGACGUAUUCUCCAGCCGUGUGGGCAAGUUUGAUUCCAAUCGUGUUAGGUUGCUCGAUGGCGGCGAUGAAGGAGGUGUCGUUUUCAAUUUCCGGAUUUAACGGCGCGAUGAUUUCGAACGUCGCGAUGGUGUUGAGAAACAUCACGAGUAAGAAACAGUUGAACGAUUUCAAAGCAGUCGAUGGUAUUAACUUGUACGGUAUUCUUGGUAUCGUCGGUCUCUUUUACUUGGCGCCGGCGGCGGUGUAUAUGGAAGGGAGCCAGUGGGCGGCGGGAUGGUCCGCCGCGGUUGCGAAAGUCGGCGCCGAGAAGUUGUGCCAGAUGUUGUUCUUAUCCGGUGUGUUUUAUCACUUGUAUAACCAGGUAUCUUACCAAGCGUUGACGGGUAUUUCUCCGGUGACGUUUUCUGUCGGAAACUCGUUGAAGAGAGUCGCCGUGAUUGUCGCGAGCGUGAUUUACUUUCGCAACCCGGUGAGUCCGUUGAACGCCGCCGGGAGCGGUUUGGCCUUGUUAGGCGCGUACUUGUACACGAAAGCGACUGAGAAGAAGAAGUAA